AUGGGACCCAAAGCUUACGACAACGAUUGCUACGAGCUCGAGCCUGAGGACUGUGUCCUCCGUCAACGAGCAGACGCCAAAUCAACGCCCAUCAAAAAGCGCAUCAUCAUUUGCUGUGACGGCACUUGGCAAUCCGCUGUCUCUGGGAAGAAGAAUGUGCCCUCCAAUGUGACUCGGCUCUGCCGAGCGCUAAAUAGCACUGGUACAGACAAGAAGAACGAGAAAUGGCAGCAAGUCGUCUGGUACGACUCUGGAGUGGGUACCACGGCCCUUGCCAUUGGCGAUGCCAUCGAGGGCGCGACCGGCGUUGGCCUCGAGGGAAAUGUCAUCGAAGCAUACAACUUCUGCAUCUACUGCUUUGGGUUCUCACGCGGUGCUUACACGGCACGUACUAUUGCCGGUCUGAUCUCUGACAUUGGUAUCUGCCACAAGCGCGACUUGAAUAAGUUUGCCGAUCUGUGGCAGGUCUAUAAGGCUUUCAAGAAGGAGGCGGGGACUCGUUUCCACAGAAGUGAAGCUUGGUACGAGUGGAUGUGGGGAAAGCUUGAUGAAGGGCAAGGUGUUGGUAGCGACCCACAAAGAAAGCUGGUGUGGGCCCAGCGUCCCCAGGGCGAGUGGGCGCAAAAGGGGUCGCGAGAGGUCGAGCUGGUCGGCGUCUACGACACUGUGGGUGCUCUGGGAAUGCCUGAGGUCAUGGGUGUCCAGCUUCCGAGCUACCUUGUCGCGAAGCACCACGGUGAUUGGCACAACUUUCCAGACAUCAAACAUGCGUUCCAAGCCCUGGCUUUGGAUGAAUCUCGCAGGGCCUUUGCGCCCGUCCUAUUCUACAUCCCCAAGGAAGAUGCUUCUGAGGCAGAAGUGGAGGUGAAGAAACGUGCUGAAAAAGAAGCAGAGGACAAAUACUGGGACUGCCUGGAGUUCGCUGAGAAAACCAAGGCCAGAUCCGAUGCGACAGACCAAGAGGUCAAUGAUGCAGCGAAGAACGCCAAUUUGGCUGCAAAGAACUGGAACGCCGCUUCUCGCGACCGUGUCAAGUAUCAGAAUAGAAAGGAGAGGAACUCUACUUUGAAGCAGGUUUGGUUUCCUGGCUAUCAUAUCAACAUCGGCGGUGGCUCGAGCGACACCUUGAACAACGAGGGCGACAUGGAGGAGAUGUCCACCAUCACCUUCUCCUGGAUGCUUGACCAGAUCAAGCCGCACUUGUCCAUUGACGAGCGCUUCAUCCUCGACGAGUAUAGGAAGCGCCAGCGCAGAUUCGUCGACCUGAACGAUACCUACUUGAAGUGGAAGGCUUUCAAUGACGCACGCAAGGCUGAAACCUGGGCAGACUGGGCCUGGCGCAAUGCCUCGAGCACCACCACAGCUCUGAUUCACCCUCUCACUCCCAGCAAAGAAGUUAUCCCUGAAAAGCCUGCUUACGAGGGGCUGCGCGAGUACGGGUGGGGUAUUGGUCAGAUGAAAGACAGUUAUACCAAGAUGUACUGGGCCAACCUUCACCACUACCGCACUCCUGGCCAAUACGCAACCACGAAGGAGGGCAAGACUGUCAAGUCCUUGGGAGAUACUUGCGAGUAUAUCCACCCAGUUGUGAACUACCGAGUCGAGCAGACCAAAGAGAUCCACAAGAAGAACCCCAAAAUCCCAGCUUACAAGCCUCGCGGGGCCUUCUACAACCGCCGGAAGGUAGUAGACCAGAAGACUGGCCGUCGAUUCUUCGAGUACGACAUCUGCGGAUGCCCCCGCCCUAUCGAAGAGUGGCGCCUUGGAGGCUUGGACUCUUAUGAGCGUCUGGCAAUCACCGGCGAGGAAGCCUACAAGUACGUGCAGGAAUUGGACGAUGAUCUCCACACUGGAAUUGUCACCCGUCCUCGGACUGUUCUUCCACACGAGGAUGCCCCGGUCAAGCGUCCCAAGAAGAAAGAGCACAAGACCCAGUUCGAAUGCGAGCUGGCGCCUGCGACAAUCUUACACAAGUUUGGCUCGUCGACCACCGUGACGGAGAUUGAGGAGGAUCUCUUUGAAAGCCAUACCAGCCUUGAAAGCCACUCGACUCAUUCGCAGGUUCAAUACGUGCGAUAG